AUGAUUUUUAAAAUCUUCAAGCACUUCAACAUCGGGAUCCCAAAUCUUAAGUAUCGCUCACCUGGUAUGGCUCAAGAGUUCUCCCAACGCACUUUAACCAACAUGGGAUACUUUUGGGAUGAAAAUCGAAAGGUGUAUUAUUUCGGUGGUAAGAAGAAUGGUAAGAAAAUUUAUAACUUUGAUGACCCUACUGAGUUUAUUGAUUCUACAACUGAACCACACGUGGUUGACGGUCAACCUAUUGGUGCUCCUCAAGUUGAUGCAGUAAUGCAUGAUGUUAUUCAUGGAGAUAGUCAAGGUAGUGGGAUUGGUGUUAAAUAUGGAAACGAAUCUUCCAUUAUCACUAUGCUUCAGAACAUGCAGGCUAAGAAAGAUGAGCGCUACAAGGAGGGUUUUCGUAGGAGAGAUGCUUUUGAGGCACCUCAAGAGGAACGAUUUCUUCUCAUUCAAGAGCACAUGACAACACAAGACACCAACUUUGAAGCUUUUGCCUCUUAUGUCACUGAAAAACUUCUUUCUAUGUGGAAUGAGAUGACAUCUAAUCCUGAUGCCAUAAUUUCCAGGAUAAACCAUAUGAUUUCUAUUCAAGAUGAGAAUCACUACCAUUGCGCACAAUUCUACCUGGAGAUGUGA